CGAUUUGAUUUUCGAAACUUCGCAUUUCAGGAAGAAAAAAAAUCAUCACAAACAUUUUUUUUUUUACAGAGAGAGAGAGAGAGAGAGAAGCCACGAUCCGCCAUAGCUGUAGAGAUCCCAACAGGCUUAGAAGAAUCCCUUAAUCAUGCCUUCGGGUGCUAAGAAGAGGAAAGCUGCCAGGAAAAAGAAGGAACAAGCUUCCAAUCAAAUCACCAUCUCCACCAAAUCAAACCAUGGAAACGAUGAUCCGAGAAGCCAAGAAGAGAGGGAGAGUGACAAUAGUGUUAAUUCCCCGGCAUCUCUUGACAAUGAGAAUAACCAUCAGUUCAAAACCAUGGAGGAAGAGGAACCUGUGAAAGAAGCUUCUGGAUUCAUUGAGGAAGACUCCAUCAAAAUCGAAAAGGAACUGAAACCUGAGAAGAACAUAGAGGUCAUUGAUUCAAUCCCUGAACAGGACAAGAGCUCUAGCAGCAGUAGCAGCAGCAGCAGCAGUUCGGAUGAUGAAUCUCAGGAAAUUGAGAAGAGAGAUGACAAGGAGGCAGGGGACAUGGCUGCUGAAGUAAUUACAAAUUCUUUGUCAAAACAAGCAAUUUCUUCUUCUGCUGCUGCAAAUGCUCGAUUGGAAUCAACUAUGAUCGAUGAGCCCAACUCUGAGGAACAGAUUCAAAUCGAGAAUAUAUCAGAGAAAGCUUCUGUAAUCUCAACAGUUGAUAAGGUUGUCUCAAUCUCAAAUGUGGAUGAAGAGGAAUCGUUACCUAACAUAUAUGAGAAUGCGGCCGAAGAUUUUUCUCCAUCUGGCGAGAAUGGAGAGGCUUCUUCAGGUGGAAUUGAUUCCGACCUGAAGGAAGACGAGGGCAAAAUGUUACUGAAGGUAUCUGAGGAACAGAUUCAGAUAGAGAAUAUAUCAGAGAAAGGUUCUGUAGCCUCAGCAGUUGAUAAGGUGGUCUCGAUCUCGAAUGUGGGUGUAGAGGAAUCGUUACCUAAUGUAAAUGAGAACACCGCCAAAGAUUUCUCUGCAUCUGACGAGAAUAGAGUGGCUUCUUCAGGUGGAAUUGAUUCUGACCUGAAAGAAUUACCUGUAUCCGAAAACAGUGGUGUUCCUGAAGGCAUCAAAGAAUCCGAGGUUCCCAUAUCUCAUGAGACAGAUGCUCCAGUGAGACCACCACUCGGUAUCGCCCGGAGAACAUCGUGGUUAAGUUGCUGUGGCUUGUUUGAUGUGAUAACAGGGUCCAGAAAUUAAAACUCGGAGCCAACCGUUUUCAGACAAUGGAAGGAAGCCGCUGUGGCAGUUAGAGGAUCUUCGGUUCCCCUCCUUGUUGGCGAAAAGUCCGAGACUUUACGAAGCAUUUUCAUGUGAGAAUUGCCAAAAAGGUAAUUUAGUAGCAGUAAAAAAAGGUACUGUGAUUAUUAGCAGUUGCAGCUUUUGUGUAUUUUGACUCUUUUGUCUUCAGUUACAGCUAUUUUACCUUUCUUACAUUUCUCUCUUCUUUGUUUUUUUUUCUGGUCGGUUAUGUUGUUGGAUGUGUGAAUUAAGGUUUUAAACCUUAUUUGGUGAACUUAUAAUACAUAAAACUUUCUCUC